AUGAACCCGGGCGGCGGGAGGGCGCCGGGCUUCCCGGGCCCUGUGCCGUUUCCAGGAGGCACCACUGUCCUAGUGGAGCUCACCCCAGAUAUUCACAUUUGUGGCAUUUGCAAGCAGCAGUUCAAUAACCUAGAUGCUUUCGUUGCUCACAAGCAAAGCGGCUGUCAGCUGAUCAGUGCAAAUGGAACCACUAGUACAGUCCAGUUUGUCUCAGAAGAAACUGUGCCAUCAACACAGACUCAAACCACAACCAGAACAAUCACUUCAGAGACUCAGACCAUCACAGUUUCUGCUCCAGAGUUUGUUUUUGAGCAUGGCUACCAAACAUAUCUGCCCAAUGAGAGCCGUGAACCUCAGACUGCCGCUGUUGUCGCCCCAUCAUCAAAAACGCGUUCCAGAAAAUCCACUACUGCAGUUGUCCAAAAGAAAUUGAACUGCUGCUAUCCAGGUUGCCAAUUCAAGACAUCAUAUGGUAUGAAAGAUGUGGAACGUCAUUUAAGAACACACACAGGAGAUAAGCCCCAUAAAUGUGAGGUGUGUAGCAAGUGCUUCAGUCGCAAAGAUAAGCUGAAGAUGCACAUGCGUUCCCAUACUGGGGUGAAACCUUACAAGUGUAAACACUGUGACUAUGCAGCUGCCGACAACAGCAGUCUCAACAAGCACCAGCGCAUCCACUCAAAUGAGCGUCCUUUUAAAUGCCAGAUCUGUCCUUAUGCGAGCCGCAACUCUAGCCAGCUUACUGUCCAUCUCAGAUCCCAUACUGGAGAUGCUCCGUUUCAGUGUCGGAUGUGUAGUGCUAAAUUUAAAAUCAACUCGGACUUGAAGAGGCACAUGCGUGUGCACUCUGGAGAGAAGCCUUACAAGUGUGAGUUCUGUGACGUCCGCUGUGCCAUGAAAGGGAACCUGAAAUCGCACAUCCGCAUCAAGCACAGCAUGGAGAACACACUCAAGUGUCCAGAGUGCGAGUUCCAGUGCGGAAACAAAACAACCCUUCGGCAUCACUUAAGAACCCAUCAGCCUGAGCAGCCAGUGAAGUGCUCAAAAUGCAACUACUCUUGCUCUAACAAGGCGGCUCUCAAGGUGCACGAGAGAAUUCACUGCGAGGAUCGCCCUUUCAAAUGUGACUUCUGCAGCUUUGAUACCAAGCAGCGGAGCAAUCUGACCACGCACGUGAAGAAAGCCCAUGGAGACAAAGUCAAGAUCAAAAAGCAAACUACUGAGAAGAAAGAGGGAGAUAAGUCAAAGCAGGGCAGCUCCAGGCAAGUAGCCAAAUUGGAUGCCAAGAAAGCAUUUAAAUGUGGCCUGUGUGAGGCUUCCUUUGUCCGAGAAGAUUCUCUUAGGAGCCAUAAGAAGCAGCACAGAGAGUAUAAUGGGACCAAAAGUACUGAACUGGCUGUUUUGCAGUUGCACGUGGACCCCAGUAGGCAGACCAGUGCCCCGAUUACUGUAAGUCACCUUCAAGUUCCAAUUCAAGCCACUCAGGUUUCUCCUUACAAUGAAGAAAGGGUCAAGAUCGUUGCUGGCCAUCAAGUGCCUCAAGCUAAUGGAACAGUUCAGGCUGCUUCAGUGAAUGUUAUGCCUUCCACAUUAGUUAGCCAGAAUCAGGAAGACCUAUCUGCAAGUAGCCAGUUGCAAAUACUGCGCCAAGUCAGUCUGCUGGCACCGCCUCAUCCCCCUGUUUCUCAAAGCGAAGCUGUGUCAGUGGGGCAGCCAGCAGUUCUUCUCACUGCCCACGACCAAAGUGACAGCAGUGCUCUCCACCAGACUUUGAUUCCUGCUGCUUCAGUCAGUAGUCACAGGGCUUCAGCAAGCCAGACUUUCAUCAAUGAUUCUGGAAUCAGCUGCUCUGACUUGGAAGGGCUCAAUGCUUUGAUUCAAGAAGGGGCAACAGACGUGGCUGUGGUUAGUGAUGGAGGUCAGAGUAUCUCUGUGUCCACUUCAGCUCCCCCCCCUCCUCCCAUCUUUUCCUCAUCCUCUCACACACAAGCACCUAAGCAGACCUACUCCAUCAUUCAAAGUGGAGCCCAUACAGCUUCGCUGUGUCCUGCAGACUCCAUACCGGAUUAG